UCCGUCAAAUCAGUAAGAUGAAUGUGCUGGUGUUUUGUAUAAUUUCAGCUUUCUUUUGGCUUCAAGUCGAUUCUUUGACUUAUCUUGAAAAAGUACAAACCUGCAUAAAAAGAGAGGGAGCUACCAAGGAUCAGGCCGCUGACCUAGCGCUCGGCGACUUCAAGGACACCGAUCGCAAGGUGAAGUGCUUCGCCAACUGUUUCUUAGAAGAGAGCGGAGUAGUGGCCAAUGGCCAGAUCAAACCAGAUGCUGUUCUGGCCAAACUGGGUCCAAUCGCAGGCGAAGCCAAGGUCAAGAAGGUGCAGGCCAAGUGCGAUUCGAUCAAGGGAGCCGACAAGUGCGACACUAGCUACCUGUUGUACAAAUGCUACAACGAGAACCGAGCUAAAUUCUAAGUUUUUGGUUAAAAAAUAAAAUCAUCUAAAAAUA